CGGGUCCGGGUUUGCGGCGGGGACGGGGCGGGUCAGGACGGGACAGUCGGGCUCGGCGUUCCGGGACUCGCUGAGCGGCUGCGGGAUGAUCGCAGUUCGGAUCCCGUGGGUGGGGCAGGAGGUGGCGGGGAACUCGGACAAACUACACACGGUUUUCCGGAUCGAGGUUCUCACCAACGGCCGGAGGCACUCAGUGGACCGGCGAUACCGGGACUUCCACUCCCUGCACAAGAAGCUGAAGAAGAACAUGAAGCCACCGGACCUGCCCCUGAAGCGAGGGCUGUGGCCGCGGGCCCUGGAGCAGCGGAGAAACGGGCUCGAGAUCUACCUGCAGACCCUCCUCUGCAGCUCCACCUCCGUUUGCCGUGAGAUCCUCGACUUCCUCAACAUCAAGCACGCUCCUCCAGGGAAGCCCCCGGCCGACAUGAGCAACCUGGAUGGUAUGGACCUGCGGAACUACAGGUUCUGUCGACAGGUGGUGACUUUCACCCGGGAUUGCUUCGCCCACCCGCCGGCUGCAGGACUGCCCAAUGUGGUCGUGGCGGGGGUUCUACAGGGACUGUAUCCAUCGUUUCCUCACGGCACAGCAGGGCCGGCACGGACUCACACAGACCCUCACGAUGGCCCUGAGACCAGCGUCUGAAGCAGACCAGCCGCUCGGGGGAAGGGUGGGGUUGGGAGGGGUUGACAUUAAACAUACAACCGUUAUAAAACCCUGUUUAUUGGGGUACAAGUUGUACAUCUUUACAAA